AUGGCUAUUAUUUUGAGGUUUGUUGACAAAAAUGAUUUCAUUAAAGAGUAUUUCUUUCAUGUUGUGCAUGUUAGAGAUACUACUGCGUUGACCCUAAAGAAUGAGAUAUAUGCUGUCCUUUCUCGUUACAACCUUCACAUUGAGAAUAUUCAAGGUCAAGGGUAUAAUGGAUCUAUUAUAGCAUUUACAGAAGUAAAAGUUGUUCAUCAAUUCUAUGAUCAUUUGACUAAUAUUAUCAAUAUUGUCAUUGGUUCUAGUAAGCGUAAUGAUGAAUUGCAAUAUGCUCAAGGGGAACAAAUUGAGAAUAUGAUUGCUUCCAAUGAAAUUGAGACUGAAAGAGGAGAAAACCAAAUUAAGAUUAUGGGAAUUACUAAUAUUCUUUUCCAAGCUUUGCAACAACAUUCUCAGGAUCUUUUAAAUGCCAUGCAUUUAGUUUCAACUACAAAAUCACUUAUUCAAAAGUUGAGAGAUGAUGGACGGGAGCCUUUACAUGCUAGUGUUACAUCAUUUUGUGGACAACAUGAAAUUGAUAUUCCUGAUUUAAAUGCUCGUUACACUAAAGCUCGAGGUAGAUACCGUUAUCAAGAUGAAACUUUGACUACAAUAGAACAUCAUUUAAGAAUUGACAUAUUUACAGUUUCAAUAGAUUUUCAAUUGCAAGAAUUGAAUAGUAGAUUUUGUGUGCUAACAGCAGAUCUUCUCAGUCUUAGUUCAGCAUUAAAUCCUAAGGAUGCUUUUAGAUCAUUCAAAAUUGGUGAUAUUUGCAAUUCGGCUAAAAGAUAUUAUCCUCAAGAUUUCACUAAGCAGGAAAUUUGUCUUUUGAAGCAUCAAUUGCAACAUUAUGAGCUUGAUGUGACAAAGCAUCCAGAUUUUCAGAAUAUGGGUACAAUAUCUGAGCUAUGUAGGGGAUUAAAAAUUUCAGGAAAGUCUAAAUUUUAUCAUUUAAUUGAUAGACUGAUUCGUCUUGUGUUAACUCUUCCAGUUUCUACAGCAACUACAGAAUGA